AUGUCGGAAGGAAACGAGCCAAAGAAGAAAUCUUCUGAGGAAUCAAGGGCUGAAUGUAGCUCCACCAUGAGGACCUCAACGAUUGAUGCAGAUUUGGAUCAUAUGAAUCUUUCUCCCAUGAUACGCCACCUUGUGGAAAACAUGACGGAAGAGCAUUGGAGAAUCGUCCGUGAGGCUCUAUGUGUGCCUAGGACCAGGGAAGAAGUUUGCCAGCUUUGUGCCGGCAUAGUAGUGAAAGUGGUCCGGACGGCUCAUUAUUACCUAAUCCCAGCCCUCGGUGAAGUUCUGGCUGUUCCUGCUGCACAUGUCAUUCUAUAUGGAACGAAAAGGUUUGGCACUUCAGAGGCCAAGAAUGCUGAAGAGUCAUGUCUGGGAGAAGGACCUCAGAGAAUUACCUAUGAAAGGCCCUUGGCAGCUGCCAAGAUGGAAGUAGAUGGGAUUUUGCAGGAGCCUGUCAGGAUAGUCAGUGGUUUGCCGUCAGCUGUGCCUGCGUUAGUGAAGGAACCCAAGUCUGAAGCCUCAGGACUUUCCAGCUCUAUCCCGCUGCUCAACCAGCUGACUGAUGGCGAAUUUCAAAAUAGGGCAACAAAUCGAGUCAGUGAGAUUUUGCUCAGAAAUCUUGAGAACGAUUCCUGCCCUGAAUUACCAGCUGGCAUGUCUGUUGAAGAUCACGAUGAUGAUGAAGAAGAGGAUGAUGAUGAGCCAAAUGCCCGAGUGGAAAGUCAGGCAAAACACUUUCUAGCCUUUAUUGACCCUCUGUCAUUGGCUUUUGCAGAUGAUCUAGUUGGUGAAAUCAUGGAAUCCAUGAACGAGACUGUCUCCAGUCAAGAUUAUCAUGUGGCAGCAUUUGAUGUUGUCGAAUACAUUACUGAGGGGAUGAAGGAUCUUGUGGAGACAGCACGAGGCAUAGGAGCUGUUUCUGUCAAAAAGAUCUGCGCAACAUCUCAAAGAAUGUUCAGUGCCAUUAAGAAUGUUGUGGGAAACUUGUUUUCUAAAUCUGCCUACUCUGACAGAAAAGAGGAAACAACAAUGGCAUACGCCAGAAAUGUCAUUUGCGAUGUGAUUAUCUCCAUGCAGAGUGACCUUCGAGAUUUUGAGAGUGCAGAAAAUGUAGAGCAAGCAGCUCUGAUUCAUAAGAUCCUUGGUGCGAUGUUGAAUGAAGUGCAAAUGAUUGACAUCAAAAUAGGCAAGGAUAGGCCACAAAGCCAUCGACUGCCGUCACCCUCUUCUGCUGACUCAGAAGUAAAUGACCAAAACAGACUCCGUGACACUCCUGAUUCCCCUGAGGUACCUAUCAAAGGGAUUUCCCCUGUUUUCGUGUGCUCCAAUAUUGGAAUGAAGGACUCGUCAUUGUCUAGUAAAAGUUCACACGAGACCAUCACUCAUGUGGUAGACACCAUCUUCGAAUCGGGGAAACGUGUUCACAUCACUAGAAGACUGGAAGAAUUAAUGUCAGACACCAAAAUGAUGGAGUAUUCUCAUAAUAUUGCAGGUGAAGUACAGAAGCUCCUUAAAAGUUAUCAUGGUGUGCAGACUUUAUCUGUGCCAGUGGGGAAGAGUCUCUCAGACUCCGUCCUGUACAAGUUGCGACCAAGAGCCGUAGGAAAGAAUGAAAUUCCAUCAGGUUUCAUUUACGGUUAUGUAGAGGAGGCUGUGAAGCGACUUGUCCUGUCAUCUUUAUUCCCCUCAAUCUCUUCAUCAACGUCUGAGGAGUUUGGGAGCACAGUGGAUGUAUUCACGCAAGUGAUGACACAAGUAGUCAUGGAGACACUUUCCACACAGUCACAGGAUAACGUAGCUUCCUCACGUAACAGUACUGAUGACAUCAAGGAAUUGAUCAAGGAUAAUCAGAAACUGUCAGACAAACAGGCACAGGACACCAAAACGCCAUCUUUCACUAGUAGCUCAGACAAUGUGCUCCCACACAUUUUUGAUGAACAUGGUGAAAGAGGUACCUCUUUGUCUCACUUACGUCUCUUAGAGUCCAAUAACUAUGCCUCCUUGGUGUCUAUGCUGGUCAUCCAACUUCUGAAGAAGAUUAAUAGUUUACACCAGAAUGUUGACCAGAACACACUUCCAGACAAUGUUCUGGAUAUGUCCAAUGACUUGAUUGGGGACAUUCUGAAUGAGCUGAAUAAAACUUUUGGCAUCAGAAGUGAUGGACAUCAUCCACAGGAAGUGAAUAUUCACCACAUUUUCAGAGUAGUUUACAAGGAGCUCACUCAGGACUUUGGGUCUGAAAACAUGCUCUGUUCUGCCCUGAAGUCACAAAAUCCAUCUUUGACAUCUUCACUGGUAGAACAACUGACAAAGGCAAUUGCAUCUGCAUGUCUACCACCAAGUCAAACUGCAAUUGGACCUCAGAAAAAAAGAGAGGAAAAGACCAGGAACAACUUGUUUCCCUUUCGGCUGAAGAUGCCGACAUUCAACUGGAAGAAAUCAAGGAGAGGAGAAGUCAGUGAAUGCAAGGAUUCUGCUGUUGCAAAGACAAGUUCAUCUAAAGUUCAGGCAAAUGCAUCCUUGUCUGAGUUGAGAGAGUCUCCUGUGUCUGCUGGUCCACUGGAGGUGCCACUGGAGGAAGCGACAGUGGGGUGCUGUUUCUUCAGGAUCCCUAAGUUCAAGCUCUCCUUCAAGGUGGAGUUCAGUUCAUGCUAACACAUGUUAAUAUUGAGUUUAACCAUGCUUAUCUCAUAGAUUAGUGACUGAAGGACAAAACUGAUUCAACAUGAUCUGUGAGUAUGCACAUGAAAUGUCUCAUCAUCAGUAUUUGAAUUUGAAAUAAUUAGUCUCUUUCUAAUUUUAUCAGAAAUUAAUGAGGGGUGCUAAAGUUGCACAUUGUGACUAUGUCAACUCAACUGAAGAAAACAGCAAUGUGCCAGGCUGUGCAACAUCCUCUCAUGAGAUUCAGCUUGAAAAGACCACUGCUGAGCUCACUGCCUCUGAGGGUCCAACCAGGGCUUGCCAACGCAUCCUCUCUUGAGAUGUGACCUUCUCACUUGAAUCAACUACACCAUCAGAUUAUCUUUUCUACACCUAAA